UUAUUUUAAAAAUAUAAUCUUAUUUGGAAAUUCAAUUUUGUUUCCUUUUUUAAAAGAUAUCAAAUAUCAAAUACUCAAACACUAUUGGUUGGUGAACCUAGAGGUUCACCCUAGGGGGUGAACCUAAGAAUUUCUCUAUAAAUUAUAUAAUUGCGUGUUCCAAAUUUAAGAAGAAAAGGAAUUGAAAACGAACCAGAAAAAACUAAUCAACACGGUAUGCCCAAAAAGAGAUAAUACAAACUACACAUCCAUCUUUCAGUUUUUGAAGAAGGUUAAAAACUAAUGGGUGGUGAACCAAAUAAGAGAUAAUCCAAUUAAACGCACAAGACUUGGUCGUAUAUUAUAUAAUAUUAAUAUUAGUUCCUUAUAUCAUUCACCACCUUUUAAUAUAUAUUAGUUUAUUAUAUACUUUAUAAAUAAAGAGUACAAAUCUGAUCCCUCCUUCUCUAACAUGGAGAAGUGGUCGAAGAUGUUUACAUUCUGAAAGUCAGCAUCUCUCUCGUUUCAUCAUCCUCUUACUAUUUUCCCAACAAAAUAAUCAACAUCCAUAACACGAUUACAUAAAUCUUACUUCUCUCUCGGAUUCUUAAUCAUUCUUUUUUUCUUUCUUGCUAUUUUUCACCGUGUUAUAUAUCACAUAUACAUAAAACACACACAUACACACGCGUCAUAGACAUAUUAUGUGCAGUGUCUUUGAGUCUUUAGACAUGGACAACUUCCAAGGAGACCUAACCGACGUUGUACGAGGACUCGGAUCAGGACACAUGACAUCAUCUCCUGGGCCACCGGAAGGUCCAUUUGCAAUCAGUUUGUCUACGCCGCCGACUUCAGAUUUCCACGUGGAUUUUCCCUCCGUCGCAAACUCUCAGAUGAAUCCCUUCGGCGACCCGUUCGUAAGCAUGACAGAUCCUCUCCUCAGCCUCCCGGCCAACUUCUCCGGCGCUGGAGAUAGCAAAAGCAACAACAGUUUUGCAGUCUUUCCAAACACUACUGUGGAUGAUCAUGUCAAGAAUCAAUGCAGUGUCUUCCCAAGAAUCCGGAUUUCGCAAAGAAACAUCAUCCAAGAUGCAUCCAAGUGUAAUUCUCCAGCUAUGGCCACCUCCUCCGUCACAGCAGCUUCUCCGUGGGGGAUGAUCAACGUUGAUAGCCCUAACAGUCCAAGAAACUGUUUACUGGUCGAUAAUAAUAACAUCACGUCAUCUUCUUCGCAGAUUCAGAUCUCUUCUUGCCCUCAGAAUUUUGGCAUAACGAGGAGGAAGGGCCAGGGAAAGAAGGUGGUGUGCAUACCUGCUCCAGCCGCCGCGAGCAGCCGGUCCAGUGGAGAAAUUGUUCCGUCUGAUCUGUGGGCCUGGCGAAAAUACGGUCAAAAACCCAUCAAAGGUUCUCCUUAUCCCAGGGGUUACUACAGAUGUAGCAGCUCGAAAGGUUGUCCAGCUAGGAAACAAGUGGAACGUAGCCGCACCGAUCCAAACAUGUUAGUCAUUACUUACACAUCAGAACAUAACCAUCCAUGGCCCACUCAACGCAACGCUCUCGCCGGCUCUACUCGUUCUUCUUCAUCCUCUUCUUCAAACCCUUGUUCCAAAUCCACAAUCGCAACGACUUCUGCCUUGUCCAGAGUCUCCCAAAACAAAGAGGAACCUAAUAGGUCCCACUUGCCAUUCUCAUCCACUCCUCCUCCUUAUGUAGCCAAAGCGGUUAAGGAGGAAGACGCUGAGGAGCGUAAGGAUAAUAUGGAGUUCGAUGACGUUGACGACACCUAUAGACCGGAGUUUCAGCAUCAGCUGGGGGAUUUCUUCGCCGAUCUUGACGAGCUUGAGGAAGAUUCUCUAACUAUGUUGCUCCCUCAAGGAUUCUCCGGAGAUAAUAGCGGUGGAGGUAACCUGGAUAACAAAAGAAUGAUUCCUGACGUUUUUAGCGAUUUCUUUGACGACGAUUCCCCAAGAUCGUUAUAAAUAUACCAAAGUUCAGUAAAAAGAUCGUUAUAAAUAUUCUUAGUAUCAAUGUAAUUAGUCAUGAAUUUCGUGUAAUUCGAUUAACUUAGAUGACGGUAUUAGCCUGCCGUAGAUCAUGGUCUAUGAUGGUAAU